AGCGCGAACUUUUAAGAGCAAAGAAUGGCACUGCUGUCGUCUGCUCAGCGCUGCGCCCUCCAGGGCCGCGUCAACGCCUUCAAGCCAUGCGCACCUGCGCUUUCAAUCCGUGGCCGCAAAGCUGUGGCCGUCCGCGCCGCGAGCGAUGACGCAUUCGCCGCGUACAAGCCGACCACGGCCGCGCUCUUCCCAGGCCAGGGCGCACAAAGCGUUGGCAUGGCCAAGGACCUGGUAGCCGAAGUCCCUGCUGCCAAGGAGCUGUUCGACAAGGCGUCCGAGAUUCUUGGCUACGACCUUUUGAAGCUCUGUGUAGAGGGCCCCAAGGACAAGCUGGACUCCACUGCCAUCAGCCAGCCAGCCAUCUACGUGGCAUCGCUGGCGGCAGUGGAGAAGCUGCGCGCGACUGAGGGCCAGGCUGCCAUUGACGCCAUCGAUGUGGCGGCCGGUCUCAGCCUGGGCGAGUACACGGCGCUUGCGUUUGCGGGGGCCAUGAGCUUUGAGGAUGGUUUGCGGCUGGUUAAGCUGCGCGGCGAGAGCAUGCAGGCGGCUGCCGACGCUCAGCCCUCCUCCAUGGUGUCGGUUAUCGGAUUGGACUCGGGCAAGGUGGCAGAGCUGUGCAAGGCCGCCACUGCCCAAGUGGGCGAGGACAAGCCCGUCAAGAUUGCCAACUUCCUGUGCCCCGGCAACUACGCGGUGUCCGGGAGCAAGGAGGGUUGUGACGCAGUGGAGAAGCUGGGCAAGAGCUUCGGAGCCCGCAUGACGGUCCGCCUGGCGGUCGCGGGUGCCUUCCACACCGAGUACAUGUCCCCCGCCGUCGCCAAGCUGCGUGAGGCCCUGGCGGCGACCACCCUGGUCACCCCGCGUAUCCCCGUCGUCUCCAACGUGGACGCCCAACCGCACUCGGACCCCGCCACCAUCAAGGACAUCCUGUCGCGUCAGGUGACUUCGCCCGUCCUCUGGGAGAACACGAUCAAGACGCUGCAGGAGAAGGGACUGACCAAGAGCUACGAGAUCGGGCCUGGCAAGGUCAUCGCUGGCAUCGUCAAGCGAAUGGAUAAGGGGGCAAACAUUGUCAACAUCACUGCAUAGAGACCAGGGGGUUCUUUCGGAGGGCGUCCAGCCCUAUUUGUUGUUACAGUUGAGAUUUGAGGACAGCAGGCGUUGUGAGUAGAAAGAAUCCUUUCUGUCUUUGGGAUUCUCUGGAUUCUUCCACUCACAGCAUGAUUGUCUGAACAUGUCAAGAAAUACAAGUCGCUUGUUCGGCAGCCCACGCUCUCAUCUCUCCAUGCAAAAAACCUUUUUCGUCUCUGUACAGCUUGCACCCCACUUGGACGCGUUCGUUCUCAUCCCUUGCCGGUUGCGCCAAGCUUUUAUGGCUCCUCAAGACAUUUUUAUUGGACACGACAUUACCGCGCCGCUGCUGGGAUGUCGCAUUCUUAUUGUAAACUGCCGCGUGUCUCCCAUUAAAGGGUAACCGUAACCAUAUCCUUUUAUUGUCAGUAACAGUUCCCAAGGUAAAUUGGUAGCAAAUCCUCAUAAGGGUACAUAGCUGUUAAACGUCCGCAGCCGAACUAAGUCAUGACUAACGCGACCAAGACAGUUUGCGCGCAUCACAUGCUUGUCCACAGCACAUCCUCCUGUAUCUUGAAAACAAAGCACCGCCCGUCUGCCAAACACCCCAUCGACCAAAACAUGCAACAGAAAAAUAUUCAUCCAGGUACGACAACCAGAUGUCGAAAUGUUGAACACAAAAACCCACAGCCACCUUCCCCAUGACAGUACAACUUGAAACUCACUGAGACGAUCGCAUUUCGGCCUUUAAAUU